CGAGCGUGAAGCAUUAAAUCUGGAAUACGGUUUUCAAUUGUUUGUCGUUCGACUCACGUGAAUGUGAAAACGUAAACGCGGAUUUGAAUAGAAGAAUUCAGUGAAAUUCAGCGUGUGAAAUUUAAUCGGUUCGCAUUACUGGACAGUCGUAGAGGUACAUUUUGGUACACCUAAAGGAAUAGAAAAUCGCACCGCAGUCAAAGCACUCAGUGUGUGUGGAUGGUGGCUGGUUAUAUUGGCUUAAAACAAACAGAACAAAAAACUCAUAACAAAAUGAGCGACGACGAGAUAUCUGCAGAUGUAAAGGAUCUGAUGAGACGACUGUACACAGAGUGUGACGACACACACCGGACUUCACACAUCAAUGACAAAGAAAAUCAAUUGUACUGUCCCCAUCGUUUCGAUGGAUAUGUGUGCUGGCCGAGAACAAUAGCUGGCACAACAGUAUAUCAGCAAUGUCCAAAUUUUGUAACUGGCUUCAACGACCGAUUGUUGGCUUAUAAGGAAUGCCAUCAGAAUGGUACGUGGUAUACGCAUCCGAAGACUGGCGCAGAGUGGUCCAACUACACGACAUGUGUUGACCUUGGGGAUCUCGAGUUUCGUCAGUUCGUUAACGAAUUCUAUGUUAUCGGAUACGCUCUUUCAUUGGUUACGCUGGUUGUAUCACUGAUUGUGUUUUUGAGCUUCAGAAGCCUCAAAUGUACCAGAAUUCGCAUUCACAUCCAAUUGUUCACAUCGUUGGCACUGAGCUGUAUCGCAUGGCUUCUGUGGUACAAAGUGGUCAUCGAAAGUCCCAUUAUCGUCCAACAAAAUUCGAACUGGUGUAUUCUCUUGCAUCUGGUGAUACACUAUUUGAUGUUGGCAAAUUAUUUCUGGAUGUUCUGCGAAGGACUUCAUCUGCAUCUUGUGUUGGUUGUGGUGUUCGUUAAGGAUUCCGUUGCAAUGAAAUGGUUUAUUUUCAUUGGCUGGUUUGCACCGAUAAUUGUGGUUGCCAUUUAUGCAUUCGCUCGGGAGUAUUAUUCGUCGCUCACCACACAUUGUUGGAUGGAUGAAGGCAGUUUUAUGUGGAUAUUGAAAGUUCCUGUGCUCAUAUCACUGUUGGCAUCAAUCGUGUUCCUUGUGAAUGUUGUACGAGUAUUGUGCAACAAACUACAUCCCGGCACCGCACAACUAGCUCCAAUGGCCUUGCAGAAAGCACUGCGAGCUACACUAAUUUUGGUACCGCUGUUCGGGCUCCAUUACAUUCUACUUCCUUUUCGACCGGAGGCUGGUAGUUCAUUAGAUAAAAUUUAUCAAAUAACAUCGGCAGCCCUCAUAAGUUUACAGGGAGUGUGUGUAUCGUGCUUGUUUUGCUUUGUAAAUCACGAUGUAAUGUACGAGAUACGGAACUGUUGUGUGCGAUUGUUUCCGAGACUAUUGAAACCGAUUCAUGUUACCAAACAUGACGCGCCACCUGGAUCACAGACAAGGGAUAUUAUUGUGUAAUUAAGAUGAGUCGGCACACAGAUGCGAAUUUAAGCGAUGGAUGCGGUGGUUAUUCAAUUUUGGAGACUGUGUUUUGUUCGAAUAUGCAUUGUAAUUGUGUAAGCCAUAAUAUAGAUAAACUCCUACUCUCGGUGGUAAUAUUGAUGGUUUAGAGAUAUAAAUGUUCGAGCGGAGGGUAAAUAUAAUGUUUGAAUACGUGAUGUGGUUAUUGGGAUUUAAUUUCCAAAUUUUAUGCAAGCUUCAUGUUAACACAAACGGGCUGUACGAAUCAAUGUAACAUUCACAUUUUUUAUGUUUAUCUGUACGUACUACACACACAAAUUAUACUAAAUUUAAGGGUAUACAGCCGAGUGUCACAAAUAUCAGCUUUUGCGUGACAUACUGUUUGAACAUUAUUUCCUAAUUAAAAAAUAGCUUUUCAUUCGACGUAUGCCUUCUCUUCUCUUAAGAACUUACUACAAAGCAUUUACAUUCUCAUAACUAUCUUAGUCAAUAGGCAAAACAAAGGUUUUUAUUGCCCACCCUAUGCGAAAGUGGAUCAUUACAUGGUACUAUUCCCGCUUUGAAAAUGAUCCAUUACAUGAAGGAUUUACUUUGUCGGUUUACUUUACGUGAAUUUCGUUGUGAUAAUCCACUUCCGCAUGGGCAACAAACCAGAAUACAUUGGAUAGCUGCUACGCUAUUCAUUAAUUGGAAAACAAAUGUGUGUUCAUCGUAAACUCUUUUUCGACAACUGUAGUUGAAUAACUCGCCUUCGGCUCGGAAAUACAAAUUCUUCACGUCUCGAGAAGACCAGGGUGACGAUUCUCGUAUUUUCGUAAUUUUAAAUAUUCGAAAUUUGACAGUUCCGUCUGUAAAAUCCCAUCACAACUGUCAAGUUACGACCGGCAUGAGAAUCUACGCUCAGGAACCGAACCUUGAUGCGCAAAAAAUUGACCAAGUACAAUGAAUAAACAGUACAAAAAACCCUUUAACGGUAAACGUGACGCAAGUCCUUUAUCUUACUUGCAAAAUAACUGAUAUCGCUGAGGGUGACGCAUUGUGCACCAGUCGGCAACAUCAAAAAUCCGUUGGUAAGUUAGGAAGUGCCAGAGGAAUCAUCUGUCAUCCCAAAAUCUAGAAACCAAAUAACUCAAAUCCAUCAAACAAUCCGAUGGAAGUUAGGAAGUGCCAAAGGAAUCAUCAGUCAUCCCAAAACUUAGGAACCAACAUUUGAACACCUCACUUAUUUCGAAAAUAACUUAAAUCCAUCGAAAAAUCCGAUGGAAAUAAGGAAGUCCCAGAGGAAUCAUCUCUCAUCUCACAAUUUGGAGAGCUCCAGUUCCCAAGAUAUGGGUUUUUCCAACUUUUGAAAAUUCCAUUGUUUCUUUUGGGCCAUUAUUAGCAUAUAGCCAAAAUUUAAGGAAAAAUCUAUUGAAUCGUUUAAGAGUUGCUGGAUCCACUUCUCCAUAGGAACUGACUAACUAACGUAGCCAAUUUGAGUUAUCUGAAAAUACGAAAUUUUGCUUAUUUUCAUACAAAACCCAAGAUUUCGAAAUUCAAUAUCUCAGCCAAACCGUAAUCCACUUUUACGUGUGGUAGCUCGUUCUACUCGUAUGGAUGCCUAGAUUCCAAGUGAAAGUUUUUUUUUUUCAAAUAUAUUGUGGAGGAAACGCCAUCGAUACAAACACCAUAUCCUUUCUUCGUUGAAAACACAAAUAAAUUAUAGGAUAGGAUAAGAUGGGCAGGAAAGCUGAUGCUUUCCAAGCACCUAAGCCGCCAAUGGACCUGUUGUGCAUUUUCCAUAUUUUCGAGAGAUUUUACAAUUGUGAAUUAUAAAUCGUAUGAUUCAUCUAUUAGAACAUAGGUGUCGCUAGUAGUUGACAUUUUAAAAUCACGAUUGUGACUUACGCAUGACGUAACAAGAACUGUGUUCAGCUUUUUUGGUGUUUGGUCGAUAGAGCUGACUAGUGAUAACUAACAGCAUAGUCUAAUCAUUU